AUGACAGAUUAUAUGGCGCAAAUGCUCAAUGAGCUCAUGGGUUCGCAGAGAGACGCGAUGCCCGGAGAGAGUAUCCACGACGAGAAUCUCAAAAAAUCCUACCAGAGUAGCGAUCGAAAAGGAAAAAUGGGAUUCGAGCAGCGAUUCUUGGACAGAAUCCGCAGAAUUCAUGAAGACGUGCACAGGAAGAUUCAGAAGCACGAGGAUAGGCUGUCAGUGACUCAAAGGGAGAGUAAGAGUGCCGAGGAGACGUUUGGAGAGAAGAUUCAGGAAAACGAGCAGCGCAGAGAGCAGCUAGCCAAGAAGGUGGAGGAUCUGAUGGAUGAAGCAGCCGUGCAAGGAGCAAAAGGGAAUGUAGAAGCCGCGCAAUCAGCUGUUGAGAAGGCUGAUAAGGCGAAAUUCGAAAUGGAGGAGUUGCUAACGGAGCUGACUAAUUUGCGAACUGAAAAAGAACGAGCCAUCAGCAUGGAGGAGAAUGUGACAGCUGGAAAUCGGCAGAUGCAAGUUUGCCAGAUCUGCGGAUGCUUCAUGCUUCAGAACGACGCUCCACAGCGUGUCGAUGAUCAUAUGACUGGCAAAUUGCACAUUGCUUAUCAGCAAAUCGCGGAUACGAUUCAGGUGCUGGAGCAGACGAUCGAGGAGCUGAAGCAGAAGAGAAUGGAGGAGAGAUUCUCGAGAAGACAGGAGAGAUCUAGAAGUCGUUCGAAUGAGAGGAAGAGAUCCGAGAGAUCCGAACAUCGUAGAGAUCAUAAGGAUCAUAGGGAUCGCGAUAGGGACCACCACCAUCGCCACAGGGAUCACAAGGAUCAUAGAGAGCAUAGAGAGCACAGAGAGCACAGAGAUAGAGGAGACAGACACCGUUCGGAUAGAGAUCGCAGACGCCACUAG